AUGUCUCAUGUCGCAAGAAGCACAAAGUUCCGUGGAGACAUUCAGAAAGGUAAAUGUCGUUGCAAUUUUUUUUUUUUUUUUCAUACUAUACCUUCUAUAAUGGUCACGUCUGCUUGAUCCCAAAGAUACCAAACUUAAUACAUUCUUUUUUUUUAUAGGAAUGUUGUUUUCUAGGGCCAGGCUGAAUAUUCUUAUUUUUCCGCCGAUUUUAGGCUGUAAAUAUUCCUGUAUUAUUCUUAAUAAUAGCUUAUGACAUGUCCGUUUCAGAAUAUAUUAAGGUAUCAAUUAUAGUUUUGUUAAAUAUAGUUAGCUAGUUUUGCCGUUUAAAGAAAGGAAUAAAAUGAAAACGUAUAUUUGUAUUGUAUUUACAGAUUUUUAACACAGGAAAUUAUAUCCUUUUCAAAAUCUCAGCCUGGAGUUUAUUCUUAAAGUAUUCUUAAGAUUUCACAAAUUUCAGCCUCGCUAUUCUUAUAAAAUAUAUUCUUAUAGAAAAAAAAAGAGUGUAACUUGUUUACGCAACCCUACUUUUUUACUCCCAUAGCCAGCGGCUAUGCAAAUUUAUGAGAAAAAAAGAAAAUGUUUACAUAAGAAAAAAGGUUCAACUCCCAAAGGAAGGAUUUAGGACAACAACAUGGCCAUCUUUUCAUUGUCUUUGGACUAUGGACCUUACGAAACUACGACGGCGACGGCAACGGGAACAUCUAAAGAGCAACAGGUUUUAUGAGAAAACAACAACUCUGCACGUACAUCACGCCUUUUUGUACAUUUCUUGGCCGUCUCUCAUAGGUAAGACGUGAAAUGGCCAAAUUUUGAGUUGACUUGAGAAGGGAACGGCAAAGCAAUAAAUUACUAUCUCUCUCCGAACUCGGACGCGGUCCCCUCUCUUCAUUUCCAACCUACCGUUCUUAAUUUCAAGUUACUGGAUGAAUUGGUAUAAGGGCGAAAAAGUUUGAAAGGACGCAAAGUCAAUUUUUCAGUAACGUUUUCAUUGGUGUUGCUGUUGUCCGACCGCAAGGUGCGUAGUACGGCGGACGUGACAUUGUCUGAAAACGCUCGAUAAUACUGAUACCUCCGUGAUGUGGACACUUUUUCCUUUUGGUACCGGUUUUAAACUGAUAGGUUUCAAAGCAAUUAUUAAGUAUGCGGGGUAGGAACGUUUGGUACCUAUUUAAGAAUAGAACAUGGUGUACUUUAGGAACUUCAUAGUCCUAGGGAUUUAUACCCACCCCGAAAAUUCGCGGAAUUGAGCCUCAAGUGACCUCUAAAGUGUUUCCUUUUAUGAUAAAAAAGUCAAACACACCACUGGCCUGUAACUGACCAAUUCUAUCAUUCCAUCGCCUACUCUAUGGGCCUCAUUUUUCCGCGCAACCCUGCAUUUCUAGUCAAGUGGUCCCAACGAGGGCGUUCGUCCCGAACGUUACCGAAAUGCAUUAACCUAGAAGAGCUGGGAAGACUCGGUACAGGGACUAAGUCAAUCUCUUCCGAACUCUCAACAUUGAUGGUGUAAUGGGACGGGGAUAGGCGAGUUAAUGAUACGUAAAACGGUUUACAUGCAACGAGAUGGUUGUUAACUUCUUACUGUUUUCAUCCGCUAGUAAAUGAUGACAUGUGCUACGAUGUGGACAAAGAGCGUUGCAGCAAUUACGAUAUGUACUGUGCAACACGAACCGAAUUUAUGAGUGAAAAUUGCAAGUUAACAUGCCAGAUGUGUAAGCCUGGUAAGUGGAGAGUUUUCCGUUAUAAUAGGCUGAAGUUAUAGUGUGCAGCGAUAGUUUGGUAUUUUGUAAACCAAUGCAGGCGACCGUUGAAAAUUAAAGUCAUUAAUAUAGCAAGGGAUGGCGCAGUGGUGAGAGCGCUCGCCUCCCACCAUUGUGGCCCGGGUUCAAAUACCGGCGUCGACGCCAUAGUGAGUUGAGUUUGUUUUUGGUUCUCUCUCAGGUAGACGAAGAACCACUUUGUGGAUGUGCCACCUCCAAAUCAUUAUAUGUUGUUUUAUUUUAUUUUUUAUUUAUAACUGUAGGACAUGUUUUAGUGAAAAAAAAAAACAAACAAACAAACAACAACAAAAAAACACCGAUGGGAAACAAACGUUUAUUUGAUCUGGACAACUUAAUUCCUAACUUCCCUUUUUUCUCCUUUUAUGCAUUUCGUGCGUAUACUGUUAACCCUUAAUUUGUGCUGCAAAUUAGCUCUUCUUUUCCUUGUUGUAGUUAAUAAUGUAACAUGUGAUGAACUAUUUUGAUACUGUCUAGGUGAUCCUUUGAUGGACCUAUCGAGUAAAUGUGCCUCAGAAUUGAAGAAAAACGGACGUGACCUUUGCAGCAAAGUAGAAUGGAGUUCAGUAUGUCCACACUCAUGUGACGGUUAGGCCCUGCAACUGUGUUGUCUGAAACUUUACUUCCAUUUAAACGCAACCACGGCAAUAAGCCAGGACUAUAACUCGAUCAAGGAAAUCUACUUGAAGCCUGAUUUGUUGCAAAUAGUAGUUCUUGUGAUCGUUUUACAUAAUUGUGAAAACUGGAAUAACUGACCGGUUGUUAAAUAUUGUUGUUAGACCACAUAUGUGCUGACAAGGCUCCGGAAAUUUGUAAGACGUGGAUAUCUACUGGAGGAUGUAUAACAAAACACACUUAUAUGACAGAAAACUGCAGGCUUUCCUGUGGCAUGUGCACACCAGGUGAGCAAAAGUAGAGUAGCAGUGUGAAUUGUUGAACAUAAUAAAUUAAUUUCUCUCACCGGAGGAAAGAAGCAUGUUAUUGGCUAACGUAGUCGCUAUUGAGCUGUAAGAUCAUAGGCUCGUUUAUCGGCUGAUGUUCGGGAAAUGAGCUCGCGUUCCUGGAACAAGACCGGGCCCCAAGAGAGCAGAGAAAAUCGAGCCAAUAAGGUCAUAGAGAGAGAGAUAAGAAAUGCUAGGUUUUCUACAUUUCCAAAAACACUUGUUAGAAAUUAACGGGAAGUUUUCUUAAGUUUUGCGAUGGAAUUCCUAAAGCAACUAGAUACUUCACUCUAGGCUAUCUAAUGACUGGCUACUGCCAAAGCUGGCUUUUGGCUUUGGAGGCCGUCAACCUCCCAUUCACUCUUGGAUGCAACCUACAAUUGCAACUGAUUAAUGUCCAUUAAUUUCGGCGAAAACGACAGUAAAUCGUGCCUCCUCAAUACAUUAUGUUUAAGCUACCAUGUACUUCUCCAAUUUGAUUUUUCGUUUGUCUUUGACUACAAUUUUACCAGAGUAUUUUUGUGCACGUUUUGAGACGCUCUCCAUUUCUUGGAAUUAGAUCAAUAUCGCCAGUUGUUCAUUGAUGAAGCUUACGUAAUAUACAGGUAUUACGAGUUUUAGGCAGAAAGAGAUUUCACUGAACCACGGGAUUACAUCUGUUCUUACUCAUAACAAUUUGUAACUCUCGGUCUAUUUGUAUCUACUGUCCAUUCCUUACCCUACCCAUUCUUCCUGGAGACUCUUUUUUUUUCUGAAACUAGUUGUCGAAUCACUUUGAUGCGAUACAAAUUCUUCUGCUGGAAUUACGUUUUAACAUUUAUCCUCUAACAUGACAAACUUGCUCCAGUGCUAAGUAUUCUAUUUCUUGUUGGUAUUGUAAACAAUCAGGGGCCAAAGAAAGGAAACAGGAUGUACUACUUCCGGUGAGAACCCCCAAUACAAACUUUGAAUGUACGAGAACUUGAACGUCCAUUUAAUUUGAAUAAGAUUCUCGUUUUAUUUCGUCUUAGGUGAUCCACUAAUGGAUACAACAAGUGAGUGUAAAUCAAAGGAAAGUCAGUGCAAUGAUGCUGAAUGGCAAGAAAUUUGCCCCCACACAUGCAGAGGGUACGCUACAGGUUCCUCACUUCUGCAACCUCAACAGCCUGUUGGAGUGGUCCAGUCUCAGCUGCCUCCACCUGCAAAUUCAGGACAACAGCAACCUGCUGGAGUGGGUCAGCCCGUGCAACCUCAAGCAACUGUAACAAGAGUGCCACUUCAACAACAGCAACAACCAGGGGUAGCCCAGAAUGUUGGGCCUCCACAGCCUCCUGCAGUUGGCCAACCUGUACAAGCUCAACAGCCCACGGUAAAUGUUAUGCCUGCCCAGGCCCAACAGCAGGCUGCAGUAGCUAUACCUACACAAGCCCAUCAGCCAGGGGCAGUAGCCAUGCCUGUACAAGCUCAGCAGCCAGGAGUGGUAGCUCAGCCUGUGCCACUGCAACAGGCUGGGCAAGUGCCCCAAACCUUUCAACCUCAGCAGCCCGCGGUAGUAAACCAACCUGCCCAAGCACAACAGUCCGGGGUAGUGGCGUCACCUGUACAAGCCCAACAGUUAGGGGCAGUGAAUCAGCCUUCACUACAGCCUCUUCCUUCGCCGCAAAAUGUGUUACCAACACAGCCUCAGUCACCAGUAGCUCUCAAUUCUGCUGGACAGGUCUUGCAGACACAGCAGUUACCUAUGCCACCUCAAGUGAAUCAACCUACCCAAUUUCAACCGACGACGGUUCAAGGACAGCCCCAGAUGCCCCAAGCACCUAUCCAGUCACAAACUUCUUACCAGCCCGUGAUAUAUAACCCAGGUAAAGCAUUAACUUAGAUAGCGAGGUUAAGAGCAAUGAAGUGUGACACCACGGCCAUUUGCAUUGUCGAACGACGAGUAAAAUCCAGCACUAAAAAGUCAUAAAUGUCAGUGCCAUAUUUGCAGGACCACCGUUUUUUGAGAUCCAGCAAUUUUGCUACCAUGGCAACGUGAAGUAACGACUUCCCCUAUAGUUCAUUAUCAAAAUGGAUAAACGCGCUGGAUGAAUGUUUCAAGUGUCGUAAGCUCUUUUUAAAAGUGUGAAAUUAUAUUAACUCAUUACAUGCCAUUAAUGAUGCGGUUUUUUCAAAGCUGAUUGAUUUCAUUACACAGGCAAUCAGCCCGGUGCGGUAGUACCCAUGAAAAAACAAAAAGGGGAAAAGGCGUCAAAUGGAAAAACAUCAGAAUCUAAGAAAAAGAUGGGAGAAGCAAAAACCAAAAAUGAAAUGCCAGACACUACUAAGAAAAAAGAGACAAAGAAUCUUGGAUUUCGAAAGAUGAAAGAGCCUGGAGAAGGCAUCAAAAUAAACGCCACAGAUAAACAAGCGCCAAAACAUUUUAACCACGAAAGAGAUGAAAAAACUACCCAAGAAAAUGGGGCAAAGAAACUUGAAUUUGGAAAGAUGAAAAGGCUUGGAGGAGGUAUCAAAACAAAUGCCACAGACAAACAAUCACCAAGAAAACAGUUUAAUCACGAAAGACAUGAAAAAACUACCCAAGAAAAUGAGACAAAGAAACUUGAAUUUCGAAAGAUGAAAGAGCCUGGAGAAGGCAGCAAAACAAACGCCACAGACAAACAAUCACCAAAACAGUUUAACCAUGAAAGACAUGAAAAAACUACCCAAGAAAAUGAAACAAAGAAACUUGAAUUUCGAAAGAUUAAAGAGCCUGGAGAAGGCAUCAAAGAAAAGGCCACAGAUAAACAAGCACCAAACCAUGAAAGAGAUCAAAAUGAGACGACACUGAACGAGGACACUAGAUCACAUGUAUUAGAGAAAGAAUGCAGGAUUUGUCAGUGA